GGAUGCCUCUCCAUAGAGUCUGCAGUCCAAUAGUUGAGAUCAUACUCUAGGAAGUGUGGUACAAGAUGGAGGAUAAUCAGGAAGAAGAGAAGAUCCCUUUUGACCUCAGCUGGACCUUUUGAGGAAGAGUGGAAUUUCUGCAGGGAGAUGGUAUACGGUGGAAAGAACCUGAAACUGCUUGAACGAACUCGUGCCAGACGAGAGAAUCUUCAGAAAAAGAUGGCUGAGCGGCCUAAGGCGGCUGGCAGGGUCGCAGCCCACACCAAGAGACUGAGGGAGCCGCUUACGGAAAGCAGUAACCAGCUGCCCCCAAAAGAGGAGGAAGAAAGAACUUGUCCCAAGCCGUCACCUUCGAAACGACCCUGUGCAGAGCACGCUGAAGUCCCGGCUUCUAACCUGGAAAACAAACAGCCAGUGGAUUCUUGCUCUCCAGAACCCCUUCCUUCUCACACCGCGGCCCAGCCUCUGUUACCAACUGCGGCUGGCGCGCCACCGGCGGAGUGUGGAUCACUGGUGCGGGAGGCAGAUAUGCCAACCGCCAAAACUGAAAUGCCUGUGGCCUCCUCUGUAAAAACUCGCAUGCAGAAACUGAUGCAGCAGCGUCGCGGUUGGGAUAGUGACGGUGACGACGGCGUCCUCGCGUCCCCGGCCCCGGCCCCAGCCCCCGCUCCCGGCACAGACGCGCCCGCAGCCACCCCGAUUGGGAGAAGGGGCCGCUUGGCCAACCUUGCCGCCACCAUUUGUUCCUGGGAAGAUGACCUCAGCCGUCCAUCUGCAAAGCCCAGCCGUGGCCAAGAGCAGCCUGGUACGGCUUGUUUGUCCCCAGUUUCCUCCUCCACGGGAGCAUCUGCUCGUAUCAAUAGCGGCACUGUUGGCCAGAGAGCUCCCGGCUGCUCCCGCCUGGAGCCAGGGGCUGCGGCGGCCGGCUCAGCAGCUGGCUCAGGGGAGGCCUCUCGGAGCCGUGCGGUGGCGGCGGCUUGCAAUAGCCCUCAGAAAGCUGCUCCCUCCCCGGUGAAAUCCCGUACGACGCCCGCAGGUAGCCCUGCACGAGGAAAGGGGCAGGACGCGGGUUUGCUUCCUGAAACCCCUGCUGGCCAGACCCUGCAGAGCGAGCUUGUGAAGCCCGGCCUCAGGCCCACUCCAUCCCAACCCGGGCCGUCCCGAGGAGCCCGGGGGCCUCCCCCAAAGGACCAGGCUGUGACUCCAGGGGGAGCCGGCAUCAAGCCUUUCCUGGAGCGUUUUGGAGAACGUUGCCAGGAGCACAGCAGGGUGAGCCCCGUGGCGCCUACCCCGCCUCGUGCCCCUCUCAUCACCCCCAAUACGAAGGCCCUCCAGGAGAGGCUGUUGAAGCAGAAGGUGGCGCCGUCCUCUGCCACCUUUAGCCAGCAGCUCAAGCAGGAACGAGAGAAAGAACUCGCUUGUCUCCGUGGCCGUCUGGACAAGGGCAAUUUGUGGACUUCAGAGCGAGGAGAAACCGCGAGGAAUAAACAGACAGACGCCACAGAGGAAACCCCGUGUCAGAAUGGUUUACCAGGAAAAUGCCAGCCUGAUUCCGAGAAGGAGCAGGCCGCAGGGUCUCAGACACCCGUGAAGUCUCCCAGCAUCAAGCCUGUUGGCCUUCCUGAAAGCAAAAUGACCACAUCUAGUCCUUUGAAAAUAACUCUGUUCUUAGAGGAAAAAUCCCCCAAAGUCGCUUUGGACCCUGAGGUCGAGAAGCAGACAGAAGAGGUACGUGAUGCGGAGAAGAAUGUGGGUGAUGACGACAUCCUCAACAGCUCCAAAGUCAUCAGUGACAUCUUUAGUGACGUAUUGGAGGAGGACGGGCUGGGCCUGGAGCCUCAGGGGAGCAGUGAGGAUGCAGACAGCCUCGAUGAGCCGGGGGAGGCCCUGAACAUCUCGUCCAUGUCCUUACUGGCCCCGCUGGUGGAAACAGUAAAUGUGAGGAGUCCUGAGGUGUUUGCUUCCUUGCCCAGUCUGGAGAUAAAAGAUGAUGCAAGUGAUGACAGCCCAAAGCCCGGAAAAUUCCAAAGGGCUCGCGUCCCAAGAGUCGAGUCUGAGGAUAGCCUCAGCUCUGGAGACCGCGACCUUCUCUAUAGCAUCGAUGCCUACCGCUCUCAGAGGUUCAAAGGGACCGAGCGCCCUUCGAUAAAGCAGGUGAUCGUUCGCAGAGAGGACGUCUCCUCGAAACUGGAAGAGAGGAGGACCGCGUCCUCCUGCCACAUGAACAUCAAGCAGAAGAUCCAGGAGCUGAACAAUGACAUCAACUUGCAGCAGACCGUCAUCUACCAGGCCAGCCAGGCUCUGAAUUGUUGUGUUGAUGAGGAGCACGGGAAGGGCUCGCUGGAAGAGGCUGAGGCCGAGAGGCUCCUCCUGAUCGCAACCGAGAAGAGAGCGGCUUUGAUCGAAGAACUUACUAAGCUGAAGGCAGAGGGGCCUCAGCGACGGCCCCGAGCCGGCCCGGAGUCCAGCGAGCUGGCUCCGUCGCGGGGCUGCGUCGCGCUCUCGGAGUUCCGGCUGCCUCUGAAAGCCGACUUUGUCUGUGACCCAGCUCAGAGAGCAGAAGCAACAAAUUACUACUUAAUUAUGCUGAAAGCAGGUGCCGAGAAUAUGGUCGCAACGCCUUUGGCCAGCACGGCGGACUCCCUUGCUGGAGACGCUCUGACGUUCAGCACCACGUUUACUCUGCAAGACGUGUCCAAUGACUUUGAGAUCAGUGUUGAAGUUUACAGCUUGGUCCAAAAGAGAGCUUCCUCGGGGCCUGACAAGAAGAGGAAGGCAUCGAAGUCCAAGGCCAUCACCCCAAAGCGACUCUUGACAUCCAUCACUGCUAAAAGCAGUCUCCAUUCUUCAGCGAUGGCCAGCCCGGGCGGUCUCCACGCCGUGCGCACCAGCAACUUUGUGCUUGUCGGGUCUCACACCCUGUCGCUGGCUUCUGUAGGAAGCACCAAGUUUGCUUUGGACAAGAUAAAUUAUGAUGUAAAAGAGCGAGAGCUUCUGGGUUAUAUGUUCCACGACAAGGUGCCUUUCUUGUGUCCUUUGGAAGGUCAUAUUUAUUUAAAAAUAAAGUGCCAGGUGAACUCAUUUGUGGAAGAAAAGGGCUUUCUGACCAUCUUUGAGGACGUCAGCGGGUUUGGAGCUUGGCAUCGGCGUUGGUGCGUUCUUUCUGGAAACUGCAUCUCCUACUGGACGUACCCGGACGACGAGAAGCGAAAGACCCCCAUAGGGAGGAUAAACCUGGCCAACUGUACCAGUCGUCAGAUAGAACCAGCCAACCGAGAAUUCUGUGCCCGCCGAAACACGUUUGAGUUGAUUACUGUCCGACCUCAGCGGGAAGAUGACAAAGAGACCCUCGUCAGUCAGUGCAGAGACACGCUCUGCGUCACCAAGAACUGGCUGUCCGCUGAUACUAAAGAAGAACGGGACCUGUGGGUGCAGAAACUGAACCAGGUGCUUGUGGACAUUCGCCUCUGGCAGCCGGACGCCUGCUACAAGCCUGUGGGGAAGGCCUGAGCCUGGGCUGAGCCCGGGCGGGCGGGCGGCUCUCGACGCCAUCAGAGGGCGCUCACUCGGGUCUUGGGCUUUGGCCGCCAACGGGCACACACCUCUCGACUUUGCUAUUGCUGUUCUCUGGGUGCGCAGAGCUUUCACUACUAACCUCUCCUCUGGCGCCCACGGCCACUCCUUCUCCUGGUCGGUCCUGAGUCUGGUUUGCAAGUUCACAUGUUGGAUUCUCCUCUUUGCGACGUGGGGGGAGGGAUGGUGCUGCAGGAUGGGGAAGACGACCCUGAAGGCCUUGGGGAGCCUCUGCGUAGCCUCCUUGCUGUGGCCAGAGAGCAGGGAAGGCUGUUUCGGCAAGGCUUGGUUCGCAUCAAGGUUUUACUAAGGGAUUUAGGGCUUUUCCACAGUACUCCUCCUCUGGCACCACGUCUCUUCCCACCAGAGGGGUAACACAAAAGGAUUCAGAUGAAGCGUGUAGGAGGCGGCGGGCCGAGGGCGUGUUUACGGUCACUCGUCUCUUGCAGGCAGGAGGCCGGCUUCUUGUGUCCUUCUGAAAUAACUUGCAGACUUUGCACACGCUCCUGGCCCCCCACUGCCCUGGGAUGAGACGUUGCCGGAAUUGUGGGGUUUUGAUAGAAAGUAAAUAAUUUUUACAAAGCUGCUAUGGACUAAUACUUUCCUUGCCAAAGGUUUGUUUUCUUUUUCCAUUCUGAAGUGGCAGCGUCUACACGGAUUUUAAAAUGACUUGUCAGAGAAACUUCAGGUGUUGUGAAGUAGGGACGUUCAGCUGGGCACCAUUUUAAAUAUUUUCUCUGAAUCCUAAAGCCGUCUGUUCUCACUUAAAAACACUAAUUUCAGUCACUAUUUUCUUGUUAUAUGAUAUUUUUUCUUUGGAAAUCUAGUUUUUCUCAAAUAUAUAUCCUAAAAAUAUAUUUUAUGUGUUUAC